GAGUGUAAAGCCAAGCUUUUUUAGUGUCUGUCUUGUUUAUGGUUUGUCUGACGGACUUCAAUUUGGUUCGUAAGAAUCGCUACUGAGUUUUCGGAAAUGUGUUUGAAAUGGAUAAAACUUAUUAUUUUCAAAAAAGACUGAGUUUUGCAUAAGGUGAAUUAUAGUACAAUAUGUGUCUGUUUAGGUGAUUAUAAUUGGUGUUGUGAUUUUAAUGAUUGAUGUAACGAACCAGUGUACGGCAAGAUGGACGAAUUGUCUAAGGGCAUGACACAAACAGGAAACACCGCUACAACUGACAAAAUUCAAGAAAAUGACGAUGGCUCGUCGACUCCGGUAGUGUACGUGAAUGAAACAUGUUUGGAGUGCGAGAGGGUCCGCGCGGCUUGCGAGCGGCUGGGCACGGUGGCGGUCGCUCCAAGUCCAGAAGCACUGCCGCCGUCUCAGCAGUCUCCUGCCCCUCCUUCCUACCUCAUCACCUCGCCUUUUGACGGUGAUCUCUUUGACACUGCACAUAGAGCCAAAUACAGGGUGCUGGGUCCAACGGCUGUAUUACAGCUAUCGGAGCGCGAUGAGCCGCCGCCGGCGAGCGCUCGCCCGCUCUACUCGCUGGCGAUGCGCGGUGCAGUCAUAUGUUUCUCGGGAUUCCGAAAAAAGGAUGAACUUACGUACCUGAUAACACUGAUACACUACAUGGGCGGGUCGAUCCGCAAGGACAUGUCAAGUAAAGUGACGCACCUGAUCGCGGCGGCGGCGACGGGUGACAAGUAUCGCUACGCGUCCGGCUUCGGCCUGCCCGUGCUGGCGCGCUCCUGGGUGGACGCCUGCUGGGAGCGCCGAGACGACCCCGCCUGCCUCGCCACCAAUGAUGACGUCAUUAAAGAACAUAAAUUAAAAGUGUUCGCGGGCGCGCGCGUGUGCUUCGUGGGGUUCCCUGAAGAUGAGACCCAACACAUGGCCGAGGUGCUCGCCAGCAACGGCGGCGGCACCUGCCAGCUCGACGACCCUGACUGCACACAUGUUGUAAUGGCCAAUGGGGAGACUUUCGGUCGUUCGCUUAUCCUAUCACCCCAUCCCAGUACUCCCAACUCUGCGAAACCAUCCCGAGCCACUCCCAAUCGGUCCCAGUCCACUCCCAAGAGCUCACUAUACCGCAGACUUUCGGCACGGUUGUCGGGGCGCCGCGCUAGUCCUACGAAACAUAACAGCGAUGUUAACGCGGACUUGUCCUACGAUGAAAGAGAACAACGUUUGCAACUCGCACGAAACAGUAUUAGAGACAAACAAGCCAAAGUUGUUUGCAAAGAUGAAACCGAUAAUAUCAGUAUUAGUUACGUAGGAAAGUCAUUUACGGACGAUUUGUGUUAUGACACCACUAAAAGUCCUUUACACGUUGAACGUGUGGAAUUGCGCAAAUAUAACACGUGCAAUAAAGAAAAUAAAAAUAUAACCCAGCUUGUCCACGGAUCGGAUAGGGUUAAUUCUAAAGAUAAAAGAGAAGUAUUUAGGAAUAAGUCUAUGAACGUAUUUAAUUUAGUCGACUGUCUCACCGAAGCGGGAUCGUUGCAUUCAUCUCUUACAAAGAGUUUAUGUGAUCUCGAUUCUAAAGAUGAUCCAGUAUUUCUUCUGGCCAGUUCGACUGCUGGUAAAGAAUUACAACAAUCGAAUACAACUAUAUCGUCGGGAAAGAAAAGGAGUCGAAAUUCAACUGACUCUAAUUUUCAAGUAAGUACAGUUGACGCAAAUUUGUCGCCCGAUAAAUGCGAGGAAAGCAACUGGAAAUCUAUAAAAAGAUUGAAAAUAAAGGAUUCCUUUAAGUUUAAAAAUAGACCGACUAUAUUCAAAAGAACAAAAAAAGAUUCGGUAUCUAAAACUACAGGUGAGAUAGUAGUAGAACCCGUGAGUCCAGAGAGCGUCAAGCCAACUGAUCCCGCUGGAGAGUUCGUAGCUUCGACGUCGUCCCCCAUCAAAGAAGACGAUAACACAUCUAUUUGCUCAAUGAACACAAGUAAACAAUCGGGGUUCUUCGAUAUAUCUUUCGCUUCUAUCAGAAGUUCGAAAACUGUUAAAUCAGCCUCAAAAUUAAGAAGGAGCGUAAAAUCGUUCACGGCUUCUUUCCGAAGCGAAAGGAAAAAAAAGUAUGAAAAGCGAGCUGAACGCAAUACUGUAGAGGUGGACGCAAACCAUUUGCCUUCGGAUCUGAAGAACGUUUCCACGCCAAAUAGAGAAUUCGAUGGAAUGAACUUGGAUAUAUCUCCCGUUCAAGUAGACACCGUUGAUAGUACUGAUCUUGCAACUCCGUGUAGAGACAGACGGUUUGAUGUAGAUGAGCUAGACGAUUCAGCCUUAUUUAAGACGCCUCAGAGCGUAUGGCUGCGCACGCACCGGCACUCGAUCAGCGGCAGCGCAGAGUUGCGCGGCCCCGCGGCGUCGCCCCGCCCCUGCCGCGCCCCGCCCGCUCCCCGCCCCGCCCCCGCCCGCGACCAGCCGCCGCCCGCCUCGACGCCCCCCAUCCGUGACGCCCACGCCAUAUCGCAAUGCCAUGGAAUAUCGCUGCCGGUUGUUGACGAGCACAAUACAGUAGUUGCCCCAGAUUGUUCGACGAGGGUACAUGUCGUGAAGGCUGAGUGGUUUUGGGCCUCCGUACAAAAUGAGGAGGCGCAAGAUGAGCGAGAUUACUUAUUCAAAGACUACCUCGACGAGGUGUCGCGGCGCUCGUCAGUGGGCGGCGUGGGCGUGGGCGCGGGGCAGGGCGCGGGCGCGGACGAGGCGGGCGCGGCGCCGGCCGAGGGCACGCCCUCGCACCUGCAGCGCCUGCGCAAGCGCAAGCUGCGCGGCGGCGACUCCGCGCUGCACAAGCGCCGCUCCAGCGUGGGCGACGCCGUGCUGCUCAGCCUGUCCGGCAACCUGCUCGACUGCACGCCCUCGCCCGACGGCAAGCAGCUGCUCGAGGAAUCUGAGGUCCCUGACACAGUAGUCAGAAAAUUGUUGUCGCCGCGACAGCAAGUAUUUAUGGAGUUACUUCAAACGGAAUCAAACUAUGUCGGAAUAUUACAUACGAUAGUCACGAUGUUCAAGCAACCGUUGGAAGAGAUGGCCGAGGACGACAACAGUAAUGGCAAAAAUCAAGCAUUGCUCAAUAAUACUGAACUCAAAAUUAUUUUUGGAAACUUACCGCCUAUUUAUGAAUUACAUCAGCGAAUGUUAGAAGAGCUGCGCUAUGCUCAAACCCACUGGAGCGAGGAGACGAGUAUCGGGCGGCUGGUGCUGCGCUACACGCCCGACAUGGUGAAGGCCUACCCGCCAUUCGUGAACUUCUUCGAAAAUACCAAGGAGAUGCUGCAAUCGUGCGAUCGUGAGAACCCAAGAUUUCAUGCAUUCCUGAAAAUCUGUCAAACAAAGCCAGAGUGUGGCAGACAAAGUUUACAGGAGCUACUAAUAAGACCAGUGCAGCGAUUACCUAGUAUAAGUUUAUUACUUGACGAUAUCUUAAAGCACACGCACAAGAACAACCCCGACCACGGCGCGCUGGUGCAGGCGCUGGCGGGGCUGCGCGAGGUCAUGUCGCACAUCAACGAGGACAAGCGCAAGACCGAGGGCCAGCUGCAGAUGUUCGACAUCUACAACGACAUCGACCAGUGCCCCGCCCACUUAGUGUCGUCGCACCGAUCAUUCGUGUCGCGCUGCGAAGUGGUGGAGCUCUCCAAGGAGCUGUCCGGCCGCGGCGACCACCUCGUGCUUUUCCUAUUUACUGACACUAUGGAAGUCUGUAAAAAACGAUCCAAGGCUUUUAACAGUAAAAGCCCAACGAACGGCACAGGCACCAUGCGAAUAGGUUCCAGCAAGCCUUACAGGCAUAUAUCACUCAUGCCUCUCAGCACAGUCAAGCGCGUCGUAGAUAUAAGGGAAGCUGAAGACUGUCACAACGUAUUCGCGUUGAUGUGCCGCAACAACCAGGAGUUGAAAGAGAAGCUGUACUCGUUUAUGAUCACAGACGAAACCGUCGACAAGUCUUACUUCCUUCGACAACUUUGCAGACAGAUGGCCAACACCGUCUGUAAAGCUGAUGCUGACAAAUUCCUGGCGUGUCUAGAGUCGCACCAACUCGAUAUCGAUACCAGCGAACUGGCGCUCAGCACGCUAUCCAAAAUGUCCAAGUUUGCCGCACGCACCAGGAUCAAGCUGGAGGCGCUGGCGGGGCUGGCGGGCCUGCUGCGGCCCGAGCCGGGCUCCGGGCUGCUAGACACAUGGGUAUUGCGCGCUCACUUACUCGCACAGGUGGGCCGCGCGUUAUCGUUUAACAAGACGCCGUCAAAGCUAAAGCGGGCGAUGUCGUCGAUGAUCUCGCCGUUCGGCUCCACCUCCAACCUGACGCCGGCCUCGCAGCUAGCACAGAUGAGGCUCGCCAGUUGCAAUAAUAUAAAUGAGCUGGGCGCGGGCGGCGCGGGCGCGGGCGAGGUGCUGGUGGCGCCGCUGUCGGUGCAGCCGACGCGCAAGGCCGCGCCCGGCGCCGCGCUGCGCCGCUUCUGACGCCGCGCCGCGCGCGCGCGCUAGUCUUGCUCCCUCACCAGACGCCAGCUUACGUCUUGUCGGUCCGAUCUAUAAAUUCGUUGCUACGCAAGAAUUUUGCCGAAUAUGCUAAUCGUAGCGUGUACUAGUCUGCUGCCGGUGAACUCCACUUUUUCAGUGAAUCUUGUAGAUCUAUGAACUUGUUAACUACGUUCGUUUAUAAACUUUGGUCCAUCUGUGGCUUAGCCAACUUGCUGAAAGUGCCUCACAUCAACAAAUCAAUACUUUGAUUAUAAAUAUUGAAUGGAGAGAAAUGAAUGCAAGUCUUGCCUCUGGAACUCAUUAUCUAACUUCCAUUAUACGAUUUCAAUAGUUAAUACGUAACUUAGCUAUUUUUUGCACAACUUGUUUGUUAUUUAUAAACAAUAUACAGAAUUUUAGAUAUAUUGAUUUGUUGAUUAGUGAUCAAUUUUAUGAGUAUACUGUGAAUAUAAUAUAUGGCCAUAAUGUAUGAAUUUAUCUACGAUAUUAUUAUAUACGAUGCAAUCGUUGGCCUAAGUUUAGCUAACUUACGAAUUUAUUCAUCUGUCAACAUGUCACAGAAACAUUGCUGAUAUUAUUGAGAUUUAGUUUUGAAAAUAAUUUGUACAUAUGUGAUAUUUUAAAUAUAUUGUGAAAAUAGAUCAUAGCAAACACUAGAUCAUAGUAGAAUACCCAUGAUAUCAAACUGAUGCGGAUUCGAAGUGUUCCCAAUACAGUGCGUUAUUAUUUUGUAAUGGACAAUGAAUUACUUCGACCUUUGAAUUCUUCAGGAUGGGUAGAUAGGUGUUGUGUAAAUAGUGUACGGAAACAUGAGCAACUUAUGCUACUAGGCGCCCUCGAAUGUAUCUUUUUAUUUUAACUGUAUUAAUUCGCGUCUGUAAGUUUUAUGAGUCUCACUUAGGCUAAUGUCAUCAAUCAUGUGUACACAUGUUGCUACAUUGUACAAAAGAACAAUAUUUAUAAAUAUUUUGAAUGAUUGAUAAAAUAAACAUUUAUUUUCAAUCA